AUGAAGGUGAUAGUUGAUUUGAUGUUUGAAAGAAGGGGUAGAGUGGUUGAUGUUAUCAUCCCUGGAUAUGAGGAAGAUUCCAAUUGUAAGAUCAUUCCUCCACGUGAGGCCUGGAGGAUCAAAGUCAGGGUACUAAGGGCUUGGACUGUACCUAGCUUUGGUAAUGCAGAUGUUCCAAAUUCAAUGGAACUUAUUCUGGUUGAUGAAAAUUCUACCAAAGUCCAGGCCACUAUAAGGAAGCAACUAAUCCACAAGCUUAAAGAUCAUCUUCUUGAAGGCAGUUGUUAUAAGAUGAGUUAUUUUGCUGUUGUUUCAAACCAAGGCUCUUAUAGAGCUACAAAGUAUAAGUUCAAACUCAUUUUUCUGUUUCGUACAACAGUGACAACAAUUGCUGAUGAUAUAAUACCCAAGUCUUGUUUUUCUAUAUAUCCCUUUGAAGACAUAUUGCAAAUGAGUCAGGAUCAUGACUAUUUAGUUGAUGUAAUUGGUCCUUUGACAUUGGUUGGGGAAGAGAAAAACUAUGACAGGGAUGGUAAAAUGGUUAAGAUGGUUGUUGUCGAAUUUUCUUCACAAAAAUGCACAUUAUUUGGAGAGUACGUGGACCAGUUAAAUGAUUUUCUUGCUUUUGGUUAUGUUGAGCAACCGGUUGUCAUUGUUCAACUUGCUAAGAUUAAACUUUUUCGAGGUCAACCUGGUCUCCAGAAUGUUAUGAAAGCAACAAAAAUUUACUUUAAUCUUGAUUUGUCAGAAGUUAUUGAUUUUCGAAAAAGCAUGGUCGAACAAGGGAUUAAUGGCACUCAACCUUUAUUCAUUGCGAAUGAUGGAAAAUCCAUUUCAUUGGAGGAUGACUUCAUGCGCUUAACUAGGCGAUCCACAAUAGAUCAAUUACAUGAUAACAAAGAGGCUUAUAAAUUUGUACUUUUUUCAUUCUACCCUCUUAUGUUUAUACAUAAUUGGUAUGUUUGAAUAUACUUGAAGGUGGUUUUAACUAAUUUUUUUCCUCGAUUAGAUUAUUUUUUUUCCUUCACGUGGUGUUCUGUUGUGCAUGGUAUGCAAGAUAGGAGUUUUGUUAUUAUGGGUACUAUCACUGAUAUUGUUGAAGAGGGUUGUUGGUGGUAUUCCACUUGUGUGUGUGGAAAGGCAGUUUAUCCUGAGUCUGGGGUCUAUUUCUGUGAUGUUUGCAUGCAUCAUGUGACAAAUGUGAUUCCAAGGUUCAGACUUAAAGUAGCAGUUUCUAAUCAUACUGGAUAGGGCAUAUU